AUGGCCGCGUGCGCGCCUACAGCGCGUUCACCCGUGUCGUACCUUGCACUCUUACCACCACCAUCCACCACGCCAUCCAACACCCGUUCAGCCAUGGCAAGUACGUCUGCUGCUGGUGGCUCUUACCCCAUGCCACCACCUACUGCUGACCUGGCCACAACUUGGGCGUACCUUGAGGAGGGUGUCGACCAUAUCAUGACCAAGCUCCAGACUGGUGUUUCGUACUCGAAGUACAUGAGCCUGUAUACCGUGUCCUACAACUAUUGUACAUCUUCCAAGAUGCACGGCAAUGGCGAUCAGCCUGGCCUCGGUCACCGCACGGGAGCCAAUCUAAUGGGAUCUGACCUGUAUAAUAACCUCAUCCGCUAUUUCGUGAAUCAUCUAAAGACUUUGAGAACCCAAUCCGACGCCGUUCAGGAAGAGGCCCUAUUGCGCUACUACGCGGGAGAGUGGGACCGUUACACAACUGGUGCCAACUACAUCAACCGUCUCUUCACGUAUCUAAAUCGACAUUGGGUCAAGCGCGAGCGAGACGAAGGCAGGAAAGGAGUCUACCCCGUCUACACACUUGCAUUAGUGCAGUGGAAGUCGAACUUCUUUCUGCAUGUCCAGAGCAAGCACCAGAAGCUUGCUGGGGCAAUUCUCCGGCUCAUCGAGCGACAGCGAAACGGCGAGACGAUCGACCAGGGGCUGGUCAAGAAGGUCGUUGAUUCCUUCGUCUCACUUGGUCUGGAUGAGGGCGACAUCAACAAGGUGUCCUUCGAGGUCUACAAGGAGCACUUCGAGGCGCCCUUCAUCGAGGCUACCGAAAAGUACUACCGGCAGGAGUCCGAGGCGUUCCUGGCCGAGAACAGCGUGGCCGAUUACCUCAAGAAGGCCGAAGAGCGUCUACGCGAGGAAGAGGACCGCGUCGAGCGCUACCUGAACACGAACACCCGCAAAAGCCUCAUCAGCAAAUGCGAGCACGUCCUUAUCCGCGAGCACUCAGAGCUCAUGUGGGAGAACUUCCAGAGCCUGCUCGACUUCGACAAGGACGAGGACCUGCAGCGCAUGUACGCCCUGCUCGCGCGCAUACCAGAGGGUCUCGAGCCACUUCGUAAGAGGUUCGAGGACCAUGUUAAGCGGGCGGGUUUGUCUGCGGUGUCGAAGCUGGUUGGUGAGGACGGAUCGGGUGCUGACACACUCGAUCCCAAGGCCUACGUGGAUGCGCUCCUUGAAGUACACCAGAAGAAUUCGGAAACUGUCACGAGAAGCUUCCGCGGCGAAGCUGGCUUCGUCGCUAGUCUGGACAAGGCAUGCAGAGAAUUUGUUAAUAGGAAUGGGGCAACUGGGACAUCGACAACGAAGUCCCCUGAACUGUUGGCGAAGCAUGCUGACGCGCUGCUCCGUAAGAGCAACAAGAUGUCGGAGGAAGAGAAUUUAGAAGGUGCUCUCAACAAAGUGAUGAUAUUGUUCAAGUAUAUCGACGACAAGGAUGUGUUCCAGCAAUACUACACUACGAAGCUGUCCAAGCGUCUCAUCCACGGAGUAUCUGCAUCGGAUGAAGCGGAGGCUAGCAUGAUCUCCAAGUUAAAGGAGGCUUGUGGUUUCGAAUACACCAACAAGUUACAGCGUAUGUUCACGGAUAUGAGUCUCAGCAAGGACCUCACUGAUCAGUUCAAGGAGAGAAUGCAGCAGAACCACGACGACAUGGAUAUCACCUUCAGUAUCAUGGUCCUUGGGACGAACUUCUGGCCUCUCACAGCGCCUCACAACCAGUUUGUCAUUCCAGCCGACAUCCUGCCUACAUACGAACGCUUCCAGAAGUACUACCAGCAGAAGCACUCCGGUCGUAAGCUGACGUGGUUGUGGAACUACUCCAAGAACGAGCUGCGGACGAAUUACCUCAACCAGAAGUAUAUCUUGAUGACGAGUUCCUGGCAAAUGGCCGUCCUUUUGCAAUACAAUAGCAAUGACACACUUUCGCUCGAUGAGCUCGUGUCUGCGACCUCUAUCAACAAGGAUAUCCUGAAGCAGGUGCUAGCUGUACUCGUGAAGGCGAAGAUCCUUAUUAACGAAGAGACCGACCAAUACGACUUGAAUCCGAACUUUAAGUCGAAGAAAAUCCGUAUCAAUUUGAACACCCCCAUCAAGGCGGAGCAGAAGGCUGAGUCGGCGGAUGUCCAGAAGAUGGUUGAUGAGGAUCGUAAAUACGUGAUUCAAGCCACAAUCGUUCGUAUCAUGAAGGCGAGGAAGACCAUGAAGAACCAGCCUUUGAUCCAGGAAGUCAUUUCUCAGAUCUCGCAACGGUUCUCGCCUAAGAUUCCCGACAUUAAGAAGGCAAUAGAACAUCUACUCGAGAAGGAGUAUAUUGAACGAGUGGAAGGCACCAGGGAUACUUUUGCCUAUGUCGCGUGA